AGGGAGGGAGGGAGGCAAGGCCAAGGCCUCUGCCAACGAGGCGCAUGGCUGCCUCCUGGGAGCACUAGGACCUUCCUGGAGAGGAGAGGAGGGUGUCUGCCUGGGGGUCUCUUCUGCCGCAGGCCCCGAACAACAGGCGGGAAGAGAAGGAGAAGCAGAAGCAGAAGGCGAAGGGGAGAGCUUGAGAGUCAGCCCAAGACAGUAUGGCCAGUGAUGAGGAAUCCUGGGAGCUGCACUCCAACAGCAUCUGGAGAUGCUCAUGAUUUCCACCCCUGAGACAAAUGAGUCACUGGGAGGAAAUUUUGGCUUUGUUUCUUCAGGCCUUCCUUGAUAGUCUUCCCUCCUCUUCCCCACUGAUUAUUUGGCUCAGAAGAAGCUUAAUUAAACGCACUGGAAUCACAUUUCAACAUAUUUUCUGAUGUUUCUGUAGCCAACCCUAAGGAUGAUGUCUGAUUUUAUUGUCCCCAUCUUCAUCCUGUUCUUCAGUUAGGAACUUCUCUGGCACCAAAACUGAAAAGUUCCAGCAUCUAUCACACCUCACAGUGGAAGCAAUGUUUGUCAAAGGGUGUAGAUUCUAGAAUGAGAGCAGAAGAUCUGAGUCAUUCAGGAGGGACAUACUGAAAUGUAUGAAGCUGUUAAGAAGUGGAGAGAACAAAGCCAGGAGGCCAGCCGUGAAGUGAAGCAAUCAGAAUCUACGGGAAGCAAGACUCUUGACAAACUUCUUUAAGGUGCCAUAAUGACAGGCAGUAGCCCUCCUGAUAGAUACAAGGCUGUUUGGCUUAUAUUUUUCAUACUUGGCCUUGGGACACUUCUGCCAUGGAAUUUUUUCAUGACUGCUACCAAGUAUUUUACUGACCGCCUACAAGAAGAUUCUUCUGUCGACCACUAUGACAACUUGAAUGUUACAGGGAACAUCUUUCCAACACAAAUGGCAUCCAUGUUCAAUGAUGAGGCUUCCCAAGGCAGCCAUGCUAAUGUGAAUGUCACAGGGAAGACGACAGUCCCUCCCUCCCACCUGGUUUCCAUAUUCGACAAUAUGAUGACGCUCUGUGCCAUGUUGCCUCUUCUCAUCUUCACCUGCCUCAACUCCUUCAUCCACCAGAGGAUUCCUCAGCAGGUGCGGAUCCUGUGCAGCCUGGUUGCCAUCUUCUUGGUCUUCAUGAUAACAGCUAUCCUAGUCAAGGUCACCAUGGAGCCUUUGCCAUUCUUCAUCAUCACCAUGGUCAAGAUAGUUUUCAUCAAUUCCUUUGGUGCCAUUCUCCAAGGCAGCCUCUUUGGACUGGCAGGACUCUUGCCUGCUAGUUACACAGCACCUAUUAUGAGUGGACAGGGCCUCGCAGGGACAUUUGCAGCUCUGGCCAUGAUCUGUGCUAUUGCCAGUGGUUCUAAAUUGGAAGACAGUGCCUUUGGUUACUUUAUUACAGCCUGUGUAGUGAUCCUGAUGGCCAUUGGCUCCUACGUUAUAUUGCCUCGUCUGGACUUCUUCCGUUAUUACUCCAUGAAGGACAAGACAGAGUAUCGAGUCCAUGAGAAGCACUCUGAAAUGGAAACCAAAGUUGAUCUCAUCAAGAAAGAUGAGCCCAAUGGUGUAGAAGUCAAGCACUCCAUAAAUGGGGCCUCCCCGGCACCAGAGCAUAACUCCUCAGUCCUUAGCAUCUUCAAAAAGAUCUGGGUCAUGGCUGCUUCUGUCUGCUUCGUCUUUACUGUCACUAUUGGAGUCUUCCCUGCUGUCACAGUUGCGGUAAAGUCAACCAUCGCAGGAGAGACACUCUGGGCUAAAUAUUUCAUCCCAGUCUCCUGUUUCCUGACAUUUAAUGUCUUUGACUGGGCUGGAAGAAGCCUUACAGCUGUCUGUAUGUGGCCUGGAAAAGACAGUUGGCUACUACCCUUCAUGGUGAUUGUUCGUGUGGUCUUCAUCCCCCUCUUCAUGCUGUGUAAUGCUCAGCCACGCAACAACCUGCCUGUCAUCUUUGGCCAUGAUGCCUGGUACAUCAUCUUCAUGAUCUUCUUCUCCAUCUCCAAUGGCUAUUUGGCCAGCCUCUGCAUGUGUUUUGGACCCAAGAAGGUGCUGUCCCAUGAAGCAGAGACUGCAGGAACAAUCAUGGCAUUUUUCCUCUCAUUGGGGCUAGCCUUGGGAGCCAUCUUCUCUUUUCUGUUUAAAUCUGUCAUCUAACAGAGACAGCCUGUUCAGAAGACAUAGUAUGAUGGAUGAUUUGGCGCCUGCUUCCCAGAACUUGCCGACUUGUAUACCUCUUGGCUUGGAAAGCAGCUUCUCACCUGUUGCAGAGAGUCCUGCUCCUUUCCUGAGUGAUAUAUCCCAUGAUUGCCAGCUAUGUGUGACCUCUACUCACCCAGCUUUAUGCCAACCUUCUUGUCUUAUUCACCAGGACCUUCUGCAUCCCACACUUAUUAUCAUUCACCUUGCUUAUUCUCUUAAGCAGGGACUAUUUGCUCUAGUUUGUUUACAUUGUUGCACUCUAUUGCCAGGCAAAAGGGAUUUGCUCCUCACAGUAAUCACUGCCACCUUAGUCCAGGCUGCCAACCCUGCUAAUAUUGUUCAGAUGGACUAGCUCUGUGUGCCCAAGUUUCAUUAGUAUCUGCUCCUCUGUCCUGGAAAGGAAAUCUCAAUAUUAUGGCUAUCACACUGGAACAACUGAUAUCCCAGACCCCUAUCAGUCAAGUAGCAGAGCCUAACUUUGGAAGGCAGUCAUUCUCUUGGUUUGUACUUUUGACAUGUCCAAACUUUCUCCCACCCUGCCUGAUUUCUGUCUGUGAAGAGAUCUAGGUAAAAGCACCUACUAGAGGUGACAUCCCUAGCCUAUGUGUAUCUGGUAGAAAUGUUGUGUGUGUGAGUGUACAUAAGUGGUUACAAUUAUUAAGGCCACUAAUCAGCAAAGCGCCUUGAGUUGCUCCCCAUUACUUUGCCUUUGUAAAUAUGUGUACAUUUGCCUUUUUGCAUACAAACUGAACAUGUCCUGA